CCUCCCAGCACGGCCAUCACGGCGUAAACGAUCACACAACCGCAAAGACAUCCCAUCCCAUCCUCUCGCGAAAACGCACACGGAGCAUAGACUCGCUCGACGACGCCUUCCUCAAGGAAGGGUAUAGGCUGAACACAUCCACCAGCUGCACUAUUUCCUCUCGCGGGUGCAGAAAUACUACCUAAAGACGGCCAGUGCUGCUUCUUUACUGGAUGAUGAUGAUGAGGAUGAUGGAGUUAGUGGUCGGGCAGGGACGAACGGGAAGCUGCCCCUGUUGGAAAUGUUACCAAAGCUGAAACAUAUGACCGAUGGAGACCGGCAGGCGCUGGAUACCCAGAUCCAGACUGUCGUUGCGGGAUUGUUCAAUAGGACGGCUGCUUUGGGGAAGAUUGCUGAGGAGACGGCGGGCACAUCGGGCGUGAUAAGUACGCUGUUUGCAAACAAGGAGGAGGCGUUCCGCGCCCGGUUACUUCAAGAACACCGGCGAGCCAUCGUGUGGCUGUUACAAAAGCGUCUGAUGGACGUGUCGCUGAUCCAGAAGCGGAUGCAGGAAAGAUUACUGAAGAUGAAGACCCAGAGCCAGGAGAGCUUCCUAUACUCAUCAAAAUCAACGCCAACAUCAACCCUCCACAAAUCCCCGCACUCAACCUCCUCCACCUUCCUCCCGUUCGCCCUCUCCAUCCCCUCAACCAUCACCUCUGCCGUCACCGCAACCCUCUCCUCCACAUCCUCCAAACUGCCCAAAUCCACCACCGCACCGUCACCCGCCUUCCCGCGGUCGUCGACCACAUCCUCGCCUGGUCGAGCGUCGACGACAUCGCCUGCACGACCAUCGACGACAUCGUUAUCACCGUCGCGGCUGGCGUCGACGACGUUUAGUCCGGGAGAUGAGGAGGAUGUACGCCCGCAGGAGGAGGAGGAUGUCGCGAAAUCGUUGACGGCGCAGGAGCGAAUGUUGUUGGAGAAUGAUAAUGUGGAGCUGUUGGAGAGUUUGGAGAGUAGUUUGGAUCAAGUUCGCCACACAACAACCCUCUUAAUGGAAAUCUCCUCCCUCCACUCGCGCCUCGCGCACGAAGUAACCCAACAAGCCACAACAAUUGACACCCUCUACGAGGAGUCCUGGCGACACACCGAGACGGUCACGAAAGCCAAUGUGCAGCUGCAGAGCGCUCAGCGGCGGUUUGCGGGCGCCCGUGUGUGGGUGCUGAUUUUUUUGGUUAUGGCGAGCGGGGUUCUGGGGUUUUUGGAUUAUUAUGGGUGAGGAGGAAGGAAGGAUGGACGACAAGUGGAGUCUAGGGUCCCACGGCUGUUGUAUCUAUCGUAUGUGUAUCUGCAAUAAUGG